UGUAUAUUUCACCUCCGCUUUCAAAAAAGAUACCCCAUGGAGGUACCCGCUUUAGAUCCAUCUAGCAUUAGACCGAGACCGGUAAGAAAGCCCUCUUAGGUAAGUUGGGGUUAACGGGCAUUUGUUCGACCGCGGGGAAAGAUGGUUCGGGUGCUAUCGGCCAAACCUGGGAUUUGUUAAUCCUAAGGGCAAAUUCCAAAAUCUUUCGGUUAGAGCUUCAACAUCCUAAUUGUUACCUUUGUAGGUACAUAUAGAAAUGAGGUUUUUUCCCUCUCCCCGUCUUUUAGCCGCACCUCUUGUAUAUAUCGUUGCUUAGUGACGCCUUAGACUCGAAUUGCCAACUUGCAGCAGAUAACCGCCGCGAUGUUUCGUCGAAUGGUGAUUCGAGCUCCCCGAAGAGCUACGCUCCCUCCCCAUCAUUCGGUCCGUAUCGCUUCAACGAGGUGCCUCUCUUCUACGGUUGCAAGAAUGUCGUUACCUCCCGUCAACCCUCCCGUGUCGACAGUACUCCCGUCCGACUCAUUCCAACUUCUACCAGAGGCUAAGAAAUCUGGUGCAGCAGAAGACGCUCUCUACGAGCAGCAGAUUAAAGACGUCGAGGCAUGGUGGGCAUCGCCCAGAUACGAGGGUAUUAAAAGGCCAUAUACUCCCGCCGAUGUCGUGUCAAAACGAGGAUCACAGCUUCAAAACUAUCCUAGCUCCGUAAUGGCAAGGAAACUUUUUAAUCUGAUUAAGGAGAGGGAAGCAAAGGGGGAGCCGAUACAUACAAUGGGAGCGAUCGAUCCCGUGCAGAUGACCCAACAAGCGCCACAUCAAGAAGUACUCUAUAUUUCCGGAUGGGCCUGCUCCUCAGUCCUCACCAGCACAAACGAAGUGUCGCCGGAUUUUGGCGAUUAUCCCUAUAACACGGUACCAAACCAGGUUCAACGUCUCGCGAAGGCGCAGUCAAUGCAUGAUCGAAAGCAAUGGGAUUUGCGGCGGAAGAUGACCCCAGAGGCCCGGAAGGAAACGCCGUAUAUCGACUAUCUUCGCCCCAUCAUCGCAGAUGGAGAUACGGGACACGGCGGAUUAAGCGCGGUAUUAAAGCUUGCCAAGUUAUUCGCCGAAAAUGGCGCUGCUGCUGUUCACUUCGAGGAUCAGCUGCACGGUGGUAAGAAGUGCGGCCACUUAGCGGGCAAAGUCCUGGUACCUAUAGGCGAGCACAUCAACCGUCUCAACGCCGCGCGCUUUCAAUGGGAUGUCAUGGGCUCAGAAAACCUUGUCAUCGCGCGUACCGAUUCGGAAAGCGGGAAGCUUAUAUCUAGCGCGAUCGACGUGAGAGACCACGAGUUAAUUCUCGGCGUUGCGGAAGAGGGUAUUGCGCCUCUCGCAGAGACACUACAAGAGAUGGAGGCUGCGGGCGCGCCAGGUCCGGAAAUAGACGCGUUUGAAGCCGAAUGGGUAAAGAAAACGCGGCUAGUAACGUUUGACGAGGCGGCCGUCGAGCAGCUGAAAUCUCAAGGAGUGGCCCAAGACAAGAUAGACUCAUACCUAAGAGCUGUCGAGGCAAACGCAAACAUGGGCAUAACGAAACGCCGUGAGAUCGCGAACCAGUACGCCAAGAAGCCUAUCGUCUUUGAUUGGGACAUCCCCCGUACCCGAGAGGGAUAUUAUCACUACCGCGCGGGUAUGAAAGCUGCCACGAAACGAGCUAUUGCCUUCGCGCCUUACGCCGAUCUCCUCUGGGUCGAAACUGGCGAUCCAAACGUCGAGGUGGCAGCCAAGCUCGGCCGCACGGUAAGGCAAGUAUUUCCCGGCAAGGGGCUAGUCUACAAUCUAUCGCCCUCGUUUAACUGGAUGGCCCACGGUUUCACUGACGCCAAGCUCAAAUCUUUCAUCUGGGACAUCGCCAAAGAAGGUUUCGUCCUACAACUAAUCUCGUUGGCGGGCCUGCACAGUACCGCUACCAUCACAAACGAGCUUGCUAAAGAGUACAAGAAGGAUGGCAUGUUGGCCUAUGUUAAUCUCGUGCAACGUCGCGAGAAGGAACUUGGCUGCGACGUUUUGACGCAUCAGAAGUGGAGCGGCGCGAGCUAUAUCGACGGAAUUCUGGGUGCUAUUCAAAGCGGGAGCAGUGCGAGCAAGAGCAUGGGAGAGGGAAAUACGGAAGGCCAAUUCAACUAGAAUACUGCUCUCGUCUGGAAUUCCGUUUGCUUAUUUUAUAUGUUGAUCGUUCGCAUUGUAGCGAUGGAGUUUAGGCAUCCUCUUUUGUCCAUUCUUUAUUUCACCGGCGGAUUGUAUGGUUACUAGUCACGCAUAGAGUUGUGGUUUUGCUGGAUUUUAAAAUAUCUUCGGUUACGUAGGUAGGGCUGUGUACGAGACGUAAAUCAUAUAUCCAAAGGGGCAUAGUCAAGUAAGGUAACUGGGUAGAAGCUCAUCCUAAUGGUGGCAUAACAUUAUCACAUCGGGUGCUUACUAGAG